AUAAUUCAAUUGAACAUUUUUUUCAAAAUCUAUGUGAUGUGAUAAUUUUGCUUAAUUUAUAAUAUAUAUUUAUUUGUAUAUUUUUAUUAAAUUUUCCGUACAACUGUUUAAAAAUCAAUCAAUAUUAUCAGGUAUAUUAGAAAUAAAUUUAGAAUGGAAGACGAAAACGCGGACAAGAACGAUGAAGGAUCAACAACUAGUAUAAACAACACCAACGUACCAAACCAUCAACAACCAACCACAAGCAGUUCUGUGGACCAGAAGGACGAAGACCAACAUGCCCGACCGGAUUCGGACGAUGAACCGGGUUCAGAUGAAGGAAAUUAUUCAAUCUACUCAUACAGUGACAGUUUAAGCUCAUUAGGAAGUAAACCUAAAAAGCCUAAAAUGACUGGUGUGGUUGAGCUUCUGCUGGCAUCCCACUACGGGAGACAGUUGGCUGCCAAAGGCCGUGGCAGAAAAAAACCCCAAAGAACUAAGAGGGGAAGAGUUGUUAAAAGAAAGCGACCAGCGCCUAGGCGUCCGGAAAGUACACCGUCAAAACAAAGGCUGGACGAAAAAGAUCAUAGAGGGACUUCUAGAUCAAGCCCCAAUCGACGGUCGCCUGCCGCAUCGGACGUAUGUAGCAGCUGCAGGAGGCGAAGGAGCUAUAAACGGAGAAACCAUUCAGGUGGGGACAAGAAGUAGCAUGCUGUCACCUCUAUACAUCGCUUCCAAUUCUGAACCUGUUGAGAACACCGAAGUACAAUAUAGCGAGAUAACUCCUGAAAUGAUAUUCGAGGCAGUAAGAAACCUAUCGAUGUGGAGACAGGAUGUUCCAACCAGCUCUAUUCUAGAUCAUAUCAGUCGAAAUUAUCCAGUGAAUAGGGACAAGAAAGCGUUGUUACAUGAGCUGUCCGGCAAAUUGAGGAUCUGUGUUAUGUUAGGUAUAGUGAGUGAAGCGCCAAACGAAACCUGGAGAAUCAGCUGCCAGCUGCAAAACCGCAUGCUGACUACGAACCAUGUGACUAUGUUCUGGAACCUGUAUGCUGACACCCUUAAACCAAUCAAGAAGAAAGACAUUAAAACUCAGAAGCCAAGAACGAAACAUCAAGCCCAACCAAAAACGUUGACUACAUUUGACGAAGACAUGAUUUAAAGGCAUUUACUCAUUAAUCCUGAAACAAAUGAUUCCUACGAUCUUUCCAUGGACCUUAAAAAUAUACCUUUGUGAUAUAUAUUUUGUGCUAAUGUGUUUGUGAAUGUAUGUAAUAUUAUGUAUGUAUCUGUGCAAUAAAACUUUUUGACAGUU